UCACGCUUCAGACACAAUUGACUCUCUCCCCUCUCUCUCCUCUUCUUUUAAUAUUGGAGCUUCGUCAUCUCUUAGAAUCUGCUCCCCUGAGCUUACAAGAAUGGAGUAAGCAGAGGAAAUCUCAUCUGCUCCCUUCUUUUUGGUGGAGCAUGAUGCAGCAACAAAUAUUGAUCAUGUAACAAAUAAAAGAGCAGGCAGAGAUUUUUACCUGAAGAACCAAAAAAUGAGUGUUUCUUUGACAGUGAUGGCCUUCAAUCUUCACGAAGAUCAGACGGAAGACAGUCCCUACUCGUGGGAUAAGAGAAAGGAUUUAUGCAUUAGCGUCAUUACUAGCUAUUCUCCUAUGAUUCUGUGUACCCAGCAAGGAGUUAAAUCACAGUUGGAUUAUCUUCAGCAGUGCUUGCCAGGUUAUGAUCAAUUUGGAAUAUCAAGAAAAGGGCCCGAAGACACUGCUGAUGAACAUUGCACCAUCUUCUAUGACAAGGAGAAGGUGGAGAUGCUUGAAGGUGGAACAUUUUGGUUGUCAGAGUCACCUUCUGUUCCCGGAAGCAUGUCAUGGGGUUCUGAGGUUCCAUGUAUUGCAACAUGGGUGACAUUUCAACUGAAAGGAGCUGAGCCACCUGGAUUUUCCUUCCAGAUAGUAAAUACAAACAUGGAUGAGUUCAGUGCUCGUGCUCGUCGACGAAGUGCUUUGCUCACAUGGCAGCACAUAGCGUCCUUACCACCUGGCUUGCCAGUUGUAUAUUGUGGAGGUUUCAACACACAAAAGGAAUCAACUACCGGCCGGUUUCUUUUGGGGAGAUCAAGAGAGCACGGUGCAGUGGGGGAUAUGAGGGAUGCAUGGCCUAAUGCUCGUGUGAGGAAAAAUGCCUCUCUCAUUCGCACUUUCCAUGGAUUUAAAGGUGACAAACAAGGAGCUCUUGAAUUCCUCAAGUUGAUUUUCAGAGCGCUCUGCCUCUGCUGGGAUCGACAAACACAGGAUCUACAUGUAGAUUGGAUUCUUUUUAGAGGUAGAUCUCUUAUCCCUGUCUUGUGUGAAGUGGUGAGUGAUAACAUUGAUGGAUAUUACCCAUCCUCUCACUAUCCCAUAUUUGCCGAGUUUAUGCUUCCUCGUACGGUGAGAAUGAUUGACCCCCCUGCUCCCGAGGAGAACUGAUAUGCAUCUGUUUUGAACCGACACCUCCCCAUUUUAAUCCUCCGAUCACUGAAGGUCGUGUUCGUAAUUUUCGGAUUUAGACAGUCAUUUAAUGCACAAUUUUUUCUUUUGAUAGCUAUACCGAGUUCUUCAAUUUACUCGAAGGUGCAUCGAAAGAGGUAGCAACAAUUUUAUUUCAAGUGUUUGACGUUUUGUACUGUUGCUUUACCCUCAAGUUUUAUGGAAUGGAAUUUGAUUGAUUA